AUGAUAUGGUCGAGAGUGAAUGAGGAAGAGAAAAAGAUCCAGGAACGCAAACGCAACGUCCUCUACCUAAUUUCCCACUAUCUGCGAGACAACGGCUUCCGUCUAACAUCCGAGACGUUGUUUCAAGAAGGACAACUGUCCGAGACCUUCCAAGUGUGCGACAAUAUCGAUUUGGAGACGAUUCUGCAGGAAUACGAGAACUACUACUAUCUGAAAUUCCAGAAACAACCUAAGAUCAUCAAGAAGGUGAAGAAUGAUACUAGCAUCGCCAGUUUUGAUAACAAAAUUAGGAAGGUGAAGAGCAUUAGUAGCAGCGAAAGCAAAAAGAGUGCCUCUGAUGUUGCUUCACCGAAAGACUCGAAUGAGAAGAAGAUGCCGUCGAAUAUGUCGAUAAAGGUGACUGCUUUGUCGAGUGCUCGCUUAGAAAAUGGGACACCGACGCCGUCAAUUAACCCGUAUCAAGAUUUGCCGAAUUUGGUCGAACGUCCCAAGAACGUAAUUCGACCAUUGUGCGAAUGUCCUGGUUUUGGAAACAGCGAAUGGCGCGAAAUGGCAGAAAUUGUAUCCAGGGAGAUAAUUACUUAUAAUUUGAACGUGCGCUGGGACGAUGUACAAGGUCAUAAUCACGCCAAGUCCUUGCUGGUGGAAUCCCUAAUAUAUCCUUUGAAAUAUCCGCACUUGUUCAAAGGAAUUCUGACCCCUUGGAAAGGGAUUCUAUUACACGGACCUCCUGGCAGUGGGAAGACUCUUCUGGCCAAAGCAGUUGCAACCGAGUGCAAAUCCGUGUUUUUCAAUGUAUCUACGAGCAGUCUCAUAUCGAAAUGGAGAGGAGACAGCGAGAAAUUAGUAAAGGUGCUCUUCGAUUUGGCACGUUACAACGCCCCUUCAGUGAUAUUCUUAGACGAAAUCGAAGCCAUCAGUUCACACAGGGACUCGCCAUCAGAGCAUGAAGCCUCUCGCAGAUUCAAAAGUGAACUUUUGAGACAACUGGAUGGCAUACAGGACCAUAAGGAGGAUCAUUUGCUUUUGCUCGCUACCACAAACCUGCCUUGGGAGUUGGAUUGUGCAAUGCUCAGACGUCUAGAAAAACGUAUCCAUAUAGAUUUGCCCGAUGAGAAAACAAGAAGUAUGAUGAUCACUAAACUGUUACCCAGGUCCAUUCGGUGGCCUAUAAACGAGAUGAAGGAAAUUCUCGAUAAAACUAUUGGAUAUUCGGGUGCUGAUAUUUAUUUAGUAUGCAAGGAGGCUGCUAUGGUUGUUUUAAGAGAAUCUGUGAAGGCUGCUGAAAGUAAAGGUAAUAAAGUUGUUCCUGAGCUUUCGGUAGAUUUAUCAACGAUAACAGCUCAGCAAUUAUUAGACGUUAUAAAAAGAACAAAGCCCACGGCUUAUCACUUGGUGGAAAAACACAGAAAUUGGGCAAACGUCUUUGGAUCCACAUAG